GGCCGUAGUAUAUGCGUGUGUCUGCGACAGGGCGGCGGGGAAGUUAGUAGUGGCGAGGGUACGCCAAGGUGUUUGAGCGUACUUGUGGUUGUGAGCGUGUGCGGGGAAGAAGAGAAAGAUAGGAGAGAGUCGAUUCCCCAGGAGUCGGAAGAGGAAGCUUUGUUGCACUUGAUCUUGUCGCUGUUGAAAAUCGUCCGAAAACGGAGAGUAAGCCCUCCGUGUUCAAGCUCUCCUUUCUCCCCUCCUCAUUUUACUCGUCCUCCGUUUAGCGGUCUGUUUUCUAGGCUAUUAGCUGGCCUGGGGUCUUGCCUGGUCAGGGCUUUCGACCACACAUCGCGACAUUGAGGAGGGAGAAUAUAUCAGUGCGCAGCUAUGGCGUACCAGCAAGAACGGCGAUAUCGGCCAUUCGAUGCACAAGCCGCCGCGUCUUCUUUGGUGCGAGCUGCCGAUGCUCUGGACAACAAUUACGAGGAAGCAGCGAAUAGGAUUAUAGAGCUCGUGGCAUACUCGUCUUGGCAAGAUCGGAGAGUUAUGGUAAGCACAGCGCAGGGAAUGGGUCGGGAUGUCGUCAAAGAGGUGAGGAGGAAGACAAAGGGCGAUUUCCAGAAAGGUUUGAUGGCGCUACUUCUGCCUGCCCCUGUCCGGGAUGCGGACUGGAUUCGUGAUGCCAUCACCGGGAUCAUGAAGAAGAAAAAUGUUGCGAGAGAGAUCCUGUGCACACGCACGCCGACCCAAUUGCGCGCCAUUUCCGAGUCCUACUCGCUGAAAUAUGGCAAGGAUAUGAUUGCAGAUGUGCUGGGCACUUUUGGCGGGAAAGAACGCAAGUUGUACGAGCGAUUGUUGACCGUUGACCGAUUGGAAGGUAACUACGUGGAUCGGGAUCACGCUCGCUCGAUUGCUCAGUCGCUGUACGCUGCUGGGCCGGCGAAAUGGGGUACCGACGAAGGUCCCUACAUGGACCUGAUGGCUACGGAGGGUACGGAGACUGUGAGAGCGGUGUUCCGCGAGUACGAGACUUUGUACGGACAAAGUCUGUUCACGGUGAUGGAUAAGGAGUUUCGAGGGGGUCUGGAGAAGGAUCUGCUAACCCUGGGAAAGUUCGUCGUGGAGCCUGCGAAGGCUUUCGCCGACAUGAUUCAUAAGGGGUGUAAAGGUCUCGGGACUGACGAAGAGCAGUUGAUUAGAGCUAUAAUUGCUCGGAAGGACAUCGAUUUGCGCGAGAUCAAGGACGUGUAUGAGGCCCAACAUGGAUCGCUGAUCGAUACCGUGCGAUCAGAAACCAGCGGGGAUUUCCGCAAUCUUCUUCUGGCGGUAAUUGACAGUGUGGCUUAUUAAACGUGCGACGGACGUUCACACGAGGAUUGGUAAACAUUUGAGGAUGAUCAGAAAGAGCGCGGGGUUCAAAAAAAAAAAAAAAAAAGAGAGUGCGGGGAUUGUGAAAGGUACUGUAUAUUUUUCGUUUUUGGGAUAUUCCCGGAGGAUGGUCACGUGAAGCGCCGGAAGACGCAGGACGACUGGAAACGAGCAGUGGUAGGAACUUGUCAAUAUUUUUGCUAACGGUCACGAGGUGCCACUUGUAGUGCUGAUAAAUGCGAAAUGAUCGGAAAUCUCACGUGGCGUAUGUUGUUCUUUUUCGUUGUGCGUGUGUGGACACAUUUGAGAUAAUUUGUAAGGCGUCAUGUGGAGCACUGAUAGGUUCAUCACGAUCGGAAACGAGUGGCUGGAACAGGUUAGUGUUAGGGGAAACGUUUGGGUUGAACUCCCGAGAUGUGCGAUCUGUCUGCGAGUGGUGGCUGUCGGUGUGAUGGACAACGUGGCGGGAGAGUUUUAUACGCGUGCAAGAUGGCACGUGGAUUGUUAGCAGACGCAGUGCGGUCAGUGAAGAGCGGGAGAUGCCACGUGGAUUGUUUGCUGAUGAGUGCGAUUAGAAAAGAGCGGGAGAGCGUGAUGUCAAUUUGUACAUUUGCGACGUUCGCGAGGUGCCACGUGGAGCGCUGAUAGACGCGGAAUUAUCGGAAAGGGCCACGUGGCUAUAUUUUUUCCUUUUUUAAUGCGUACCCAAGGUGUCAGGUUCAGCUCUGAUGAUAGCUUCAGCACGAACGGAAACGAGUGGUUUCGAACUCCCGCGAUCUCUGUCCGAACGGCAGCCAGUCGCUGUAAUUGACAACGUGGCCGGAGUUUUAUACGCUUACAAGAUGCCACGUGGAUUGUUAGCAGACGCAGUCCUCUCAGAGACGAGCGGGAAUUUGUUCGCGGUGGAAGGGAGGUGAUGGAGGACGCAGAGAAAGAUGGGUGUGAUGGUUGGUGAGCUUCAGUCAGUGGGUGUCGCAUGAACGCCGGGUAGCGGGCCCGUGGAAGUGGCACUGGCUUCGUGGGUUGAGCAGCAGCGCCUGACGGCCAGUGUGGCUUCAGAGGUCUGCUUGGUCAGCGGAGGAGUGGAGGAGAGAGUCCCUAUUGUGACUUUCAACUAUAGUAAUUUGUUUGAGUGUCAGCAAACUGUUGAUCCUGAUCGAAGACGAAAGAUACCAAGAUACAAUUCGAAUGCUAUCAAUGCUUGUGCUGAAUUAGUUAAGCAAGAUCACGAACGAAACGAACCGUUGCUGUCAAUCACAGAGUGGAAAGUGCGGCGGUCGAUCAAUUAGGGUCGAUUGUUGAUGAGGAGGGUGAGGGUGGGGUGCUUAAUCGAAGGACGAUUAUAGUUAGCAUGCAGACAGGCGGUUGUAUUGACACGGAGGGAGUUACAUAAUAAUGUACAAAUAAGUGUAUGGUGAUUGUGAAGCGUAUGAUGACGCGAUGGUGCGUUCCGGCGAUUACUGGAUUGAAGCGACAGUGUGACCUCCUUGAAUGAGAAGGAAUGCUUUGACUGUGGGCCUCGAUCCACUGCGAAGUGAUCAUUUUAAUACAUUCAUAAUGGUGAAGUAACAAUGUAUCUGGUUCUUUUAAACGUCAGAUUCAGGUAGCAUUUUUUAACGUCGUUUGAGGUAGCAUGUAAUAGUAUGUUGAGUAGAGGAUGAUAUCUUUUGCUGAAGCGUUUGUUCCUUUUCGACCCUGCCUUCUCGACGGGAGCUCGAUCUGGAAGUAAAUUGAUGAGGAAGUA